CAAAAUGCUUUAAUUGUUAGACAAGUAUUACAAAAUAAAUUUAAGGUUAAGAAUAAUAAAACUAAUAAAGACAGUAGAAGUAAUACAAAUGAUAGUAGAAUAUCUGAAGAAGAGAUAAGCGAUGUUAGUGAUAGUGAGGUGUUUGAUAGUGAGGUGUUUGAAAAAGCAAUGAUAAAUAAAAAUGAGACAGAAAUUAUUGUUACUAAAAGCAAACAAGUUACUGUAGAAACAAUUUCUAUUACAAGUUUUUUUUCAAAAGUUAAAUCUAAUUUAGAAAGUAGUAAGGAAGAUAGUAAUGAUAAUAAUCAAAGCCAAAGUGAUCAAGAUAAUGCAGAUUAUAAUAAUAGUAAAAACAAUUAA